UCAGCUGGAGCUGAAACGGCUGGACACCGAUUCUGAAACAGCGUCAGUUGAGGAGAGGGUCGAUGAGGGUCUUCUGGGAGAUGAGGAGAGCAACAUGAAGGGAGAGGACGGAUCGAUCGAGAGAGCCUUCAGUACGAAAGGUUCAGACUUUCACAACCGUGGUGCUGAUUCUUCUAGAGCGGCGGUGCCAGCAUCAAAAGAAAAUCGUGAUCCAAGUCAAACUGUCAGUCCCUUUGAGCAUAACAAGGCGCUAGAAGAAGCCGAAGCUUCUCCAAUCGUGCGCCUCACACACCGGGCCAAAACCGAGCGCCCACCCCCCCCCACUUCCGUACACAGUCCCUCCCCCCCUGGAACGAUAUCCCCCUUCUCGAGCCUAGACCAUGAGCAUCUUCUGGCAGCUGACGCGGCAAGGCGCGCUUUGAUCAGCUCGUCCAAAAUCGCCCUGGGUGGGUCGACAAUUCCUCUGGGUUAUUACUUUGCGGAGAUCGCACUCGGCACCCCCCCGCAGCGGUUCCAAAUGAUUGUAGACACUGGGAGUGCGAUCAUGUACGUACCAGCGAAGGAGUGCGUCAGCUGUGGGAGGGGUCACGAGAGCCCUCCAUAUGACCACGGGGCAUCUUCUACGUAUUCACUUUUGCUCUGCUCCGCCGCGACGUGUGCGGGUUCCACGCCCGCCACGUGUCCGUCCCCCGACAGCCCUUGCCUGUAUCAGCAGCACUACUCGGAGGGAAGCAGCACAUCGGGAACGGUCGCGAUUGACGUUCUCUGGUUGCCUGGCGUUACGGGCGCUUCGAAAAUCAUGUUUGGGUGCGAGACUCGAGAAACGGGUCUCCUCUACACUCAGGCGGCCGACGGUAUCAUCGGUCUGGGGCGGGGACCCGGUUCUAUAAUCGCUCAGUUGGCGCAGCAGCGCGCGGUAGAGGACGCGUUUUCGCUCUGCUUCGGGGGCGUCGAGGGCGGAGGCGCAAUGGUUUUUGGCUCGGUCGGCGUCCUACCGGGCACCGUUUGGGUGCCGAUGCUGCCGCAAACAAGUAUGGAAUCGAUGUACUUUGCGGACGUCUACGGACUCCAGGUGGGCGGUUCCGCCGUCAGCUUGGAUUCCGGGUCCGUUCCGGUCACCGCGAUGGUCGACAGCGGAACCACGUACACUUACCUCCCCUCCGUGUUGUAUGGCCCCCUGGUGGCCCGGCUCCUUCAAGCCAUUCCACUUUCGCUCGUGCCGGUGCCGAAGCGGAGCCUGUCAGCUGCGUGCUGGGGAAAAGUGACGAGUUUGAUAGGCCCCUCCUCGCCCUUUCCCACCAUGGGCUUCGUCUUCGCAAAUGGAGUUGUGGUGGAGCUUCCGCCGGACAACUACCUCUUCAAGCACCCCAGCUUGGGCGGCGCCUAUUGUCUUGGCAUCUUUUCCAGCGGGCAGCACGGAGCAACGAUCGGGGGCAUAAGCGUCCACAACCUGCUCGUAACCUAUGACCGCGCGCAUCAGCUAUUCGGCUUCGCGCGCCUCAACUGCUCCGCGAUGGCCGACGGCUCGCUAACCCUGCCCAAACCCCAAACCUCCUUCCCUAACCUAAACGCUCCCAACAAAACCCGAUACGCCAACACGUCCGCGCCCACGUACGCGCGCAUCCCCUUCCGCACCGCUAACAUGCCGGCGAUGAAUGCGUCAUCGCUGGCGUCAGCGCGCGCGCGCGACCCGGUUCCAAACCCCUGGGCGGCGACGCUCGAGGGGCUGCUGUACGAUGAAUCCCCAGCGCCCGUUCCGGCAAGCGGAAUGGGGAAAAGCCCCCCGGAAACGGAGCCCCCGGGAACCGCGGAAAAAGCCGACGGUUCAGCACAGGGGAACGAACCGGUGACAGGCGCUUCGACCGGGCACGAAAGGUGA